AUGCAAGAGUCGCGGCGCAACUAUAACUUGGAAACUGUAAUUGCAAGAAUACGAACAGGAAACGUGGCGUCUCCUGCCACCAUCCACCGCAAGGUCCGAACAUUGUACACUUGGAGAAAUGUCGCUGAGCGCACAGAAAAGGUGUAUAAUCGGGUGUGCAGGGAGCCCGUUUUGUCGUUGUCUGUGCGAUUGCAUAGACUGCGCUCUCACUGUGGUGCCAUGGCAGGCUCCAUUUUCUCCUUUGUUGCUGUUAUCAACUUCAUCUUCCUGCUUUUCCUGCAGUGGCUCCGCCCAGAUCAUCUAAUUGAUGUUUCUGUAGACUCAUCAGGCCCCCACAGCCGCAUGGGGCAGCUUCUUAGUAAGAAGAAAAGUAAAGCGCCAAACCCGGCUCUGUCCUGACUAAUGAUCUAACAUGACCUCACAGUAGGCUUAUGAUUAACUUUAUUUAGAAGGGGAAGGAUGCAAGUGAACUGAACUAAAACUGUAGUACCGGUACAUCAUAGUGCACUAUUGGCGCUUUUCCACUGCAUGG